AUGGGAGNUGAAGAGCUGAGGAACACAAGUUACUUCUGCCUAACUACUGGCUGCUUAUCAUCAACAGGCCCCUUGGGAACUGAAGAGCUGAGGAACACAAGUUACUUCUGCCUAACUACUGGCUGCUUAUCAUCAACAGGCCCCUUGGGAACUGAAGAGCUGAGGAACACAAGUUACUUCUGCCUAACUACUGGCUGCUUAUCAUCAACAGGCCCCUUGGGAACUGAAGAGCUGAGGAACACAAGUUACUUCUGCCUAACUACUGGCUGCUUAUCAUCAACAGGCCCCUUGGGAACUGAAGAGCUGAGGAACACAAGUUACUUCUGCCUAACUACUGGCUGCUUAUCAUCAACAGGCCCCUUGGGAACUGAAGAGCUGAGGAACACAAGUUACUUCUGCCUAACUACUGGCUGCUUAUCAUCAACAGGCCCCUUGGGAACUGAAGAGCUGAGGAACACAAGUUACUUCUGCCUAACUACUGGCUGCUUAUCAUCAACAGGCCCCUUGGGAACUGAAGAGCUGAGGAACACAAGUUACUUCUGCCUAACUACUGGCUGCUUAUCAUCAACAGGCCCCUUGGGAACUGAAGAGCUGAGGAACACAAGUUACUUCUGCCUAACUACUGGCUGCUUAUCAUCAACAGGCCCCUUGGGAACUGAAGAGCUGAGGAACACAAGUUACUUCUGCCUAACUACUGGCUGCUUAUCAUCAACAGGCCCCUUGGGAACUGAAGAGCUGAGGAACACAAGUUACUUCUGCCUAACUACUGGCUGCUUAUCAUCAACAGGCCCCUUGGGAACUGAAGAGCUGAGGAACACAAGUUACUUCUGCCUAACUACUGGCUGCUUAUCAUCAACAGGCCCCUUGGGAACUGAAGAGCUGAGGAACACAAGUUACUUCUGCCUAACUACUGGCUGCUUAUCAUCAACAGGCCCCUUGGGAACUGAAGAGCUGAGGAACACAAGUUACUUCUGCCUAACUACUGGCUGCUUAUCAUCAACAGGCCCCUUGGGAACUGAAGAGCUGAGGAACACAAGUUACUUCUGCCUAACUACUGGCUGCUUAUCAUCAACAGGCCCCUUGGGAACUGAAGAGCUGAGGAACACAAGUUACUUCUGCCUAACUACUGGCUGCUUAUCAUCAACAGGCCCCUUGGGAACUGAAGAGCUGAGGAACACAAGUUACUUCUGCCUAACUACUGGCUGCUUAUCAUCAACAGGCCCCUUGGGAACUGAAGAGCUGAGGAACACAAGUUACUUCUGCCUAACUACUGGCUGCUUAUCAUCAACAGGCUCCUUGGGAACUGAAGAGCUAAGGAACACAAGUUCCUUCUGCCUAACUACUGGCUGCUUAUCAUCAACAGGCCCCUUGGGAACUGAAACUUCAUAGGAUAAAUCAACUCAACAACAUGCUUAGUGAGUAAUCAAGAAGAUAAAAGCCCUCAAACACACUGAGUAGCUAGAUCUUGGUUGGAGAAGGGAUUUGAUACAACCUCAGUUGGCAGGUGAAGGUGUGAACAAUGAUCCUUCAUACACAUGUACACCAGUGUGAUCUGUUGUUGAAAUUUUAAUGACAUUUUCUACCUGUCUCUGUUCAACUAGACAAAUACAAAUAUCUAGUGACAAAAAUCCACUUUGUAGUAUCAUUUCUAUUUAAAAGAGACAUCCUAUGCUUAAACCAUCUGAAGAAAUUGUUCAUUCUUCCUUUCCACCUUCCUUACUAAAGUAUGCUGAGUUUUUGACACUUGAACCAGGCUACCUGCACUUUUCACUUUGACCAGCUCCCAUUUGAGAUCUCAUGUCGCUGAUAAAAUGCUUGAACAGUAAUAAGUUAGAGAUAAAACUGCCAAAAAAGCCUGAAGUAUGCUGUUGGCAUGCUUUGAAAUCCAGUUGUAUAUUAUUUCCUUAAUUUAGAACUCUAAAAAUAGAAAAGGAGAAAAGCAAAUUUAGAGGUCAUAAAAAAAAAAAAAAAAAA